UUCUGACAUAACAAGGACAUAAAUGCAAUCUAAUUGGGACGUGAGGAAUUGACCGUGCGUUUUGAUGCGCAUUUCUUGAUUACUCCACUCAAGCUUUUAGUGCUUAACCUCAAUACUGUACCGUACAUUCUGGUGCAGAUUCAGAGGGAAUUAUCUGACACAAUUUCCGAUUCUGAUAAGAAAGUAAUUAACUUCUGCAAUCUAGACGUUUUCUUGCUGAUAUAUAAUUGCUGUGCAAAGUUGACCAGCAAUCUUAAUAGGGUGAUCAAAAUAUGGCUCAUCCAAUUUUGCCUAAUGAUCUUAAAGCAGAAGAAAUUAUUGAGGAAAAUGAACUUUCAUUUAAAUUAGAUGAACCUAUUACCAUGGCUCUAAAUGUAAAUUCACUGACUAACAUCGAUGAAGAAGACAGCCUAUCUUUUGUAGUGCUUGGUCGAGAUUCAGUGGAGGCUCAAGCUUCUUUAUUAGCUUCGUAUACCGAUCUUCAACAGAAGAGCAUGUCAAUUGAUUAUAAAUCACUGGUGUCGUCAAUGACCGUAACUGCGAUGCAAGACAGAUUAGUAGAAGUGUUGCAAGAAAAUGUAAAAUUGAAGGAAACUUUAAGGCAGACCAAUGUAUCCAUGAAACAACAUUUUAAUACCCUGACAAUGUGGCAGGAAGAAGUGACGAAAGUUCAUCUGAGUCACAAGCAACAAUUUGCAGAAACUAAAGAACUUAUAAAUCAUCUGAAAAAGGAAAAUGCAGAGCUGAAAUAUAAAUUUUCACGUUUACAACAUUUUGAAAAUAUGAGACUUAAGAUUAGUAGAUCUGUUUCUGAGGAUUGGGCCAAUUUGAUUUCUAAUAAAAAACUAAAAGAAUCCUUUUUCAUAUUCGAUACAUUCAAGGACAUUUCCGAACUUGUACCUGAAAUAUCUAACCUAACAAUCAAAAGGUGUAAACAAUAUAUAACAUCUAUAAUAUCGGAGAAAUUGGAUGAAAAAUUGGAGAGAUUGAAAGAGGGAUUACAACAAGAAUUGCCGCAAUUAGAAACGGAAAAAGAAUUAGAAUUCGAAUCAGCGAUGAUAGAUGACAGGAUAAAACAAAAAUUGCAGCAAUUAGAAACGGAAAAAGAAUUAGAAUCGGCGAUGAUAGAUAACAGAAUAAAUUGCAAACUUUACAAUGAUGUAAAGACCACAGAAAGUUCGAAAUGUUCGGAAGCAUACUCUGAAAAGGAUCAGGAAAUUGCUUGCUUAAAAGAAUCUAAUGCUCUACUCGAACAGAAAUUGCAAUGUGUUCUUACUCCUGUGGAACAAGUUUCAUUGGAAACGUCCAAUUUAAGUCAUCAAAAAUUUGUACAAAAUAUAAAGCAGUAUAAUGAUAUGUUACAAGAAUUAACCAAAUGUUUUGUAGAACAAGUAGAACGUUUUGCUGCCUUAGAAAAAAGUUUAAAGAAAAUUACGGAUAUACUUAGACUUGACGAUAAAAUGCAGUGUGAAGAAAAAUUAUGUCAGUAUUACAAUGAAUUAACUGAUGAGCAAAUAAAAAUUAUUACUGAUAGGCAGACGUUAAUAAAAUCACAAAACCAAUUCCAAAAGAUAUUCUCUGAUUACAACUCUGUUCUAUAUGAAUUGCAAGUAAUGCUCGACGAAAACGUAAAAUUAAACAUUUUAAAGGAUAAUAGCGCUCGCGAGAAUUUAGAAACGUCAGAGCAACUGGAACGCGACAAGCAAUCAUUGGAACAAGAAAAGAAAAUUUUCGAUCGAGAAAAGGACAAUCUAGAAAAUCAACAAAAAUCCUUCGAAAGCCAGAAAAAGAGUUUGGACGUAGAACGUGUAUUUUUGCAAGACGAGAGAAAACUUUUAGAGCAAGAAAAGAUCAGUUUAAAUGAAGAAAAAAUGUCACUUGAUCAUCAGAGUCAGUUAUAUGAAGAUUGCGAAAGAGAUCUACAAAAUGAAAAAAAAAUAUUACAAGCUCGUAAUGAACUAUUGCUGAGUGAAACAAAUAGCUUGCGACAACAAAUUGAGGAGAAAAAUGCGCAGUUUAAAAAGAUAAUAGAACAGCUUGCACAAAGCAUGGAAGAGAUACAAUUGUUAAGAUCACAAUUAUCGCUUUACGAAGAAGACUUUCAACAGGAGAAGAAACUAAAAGAAGCAUUGUUAGAAGAAAAGAGUAAAUUGGACACGGAAUUGCUGAAGCAAAUAGAGUUUAACAAACAGUUACAAGAAUCUAACAACGCUAAUGUUAAGUUAGGACACAUGUUUGAAGAACGAAACUUUAUGCGAUGUCCAAAAUGCUUGAUGGUAUGUCGAAAUUCAUCAGAUUUGUUAACGCAUAUUAACAGAUGUGAAUAUGCCUUAACUUAACAUAACAUAAAUUUAUAAGAAAUCAUAUAGGUAUGUACACUCUUAUACAAGAAGAGUGUACAUAUAAGAGUGUACUUCAUAUUAGCACAGAUAUUGAUAUGUGGUACUUCUUACAUUAUACAAUUUCUCUUAAUAUAACAAUAAUUUUACGUAGUAAACAGCUUCUAAAAUGUAAGAGAUAUAUAAUAUUUAAUACUUAAGAAUGUAUACUUACAUAAUAAUUAAUGAUGCUAAAAACGUGUUUUAAAUCUAGUUUUAGUAAGACUGAACAACAAAAUACAUAUACAAAUUUUAUUUUUUUAAAUAUUCACUUGUAAUUAGAAUUAAUGUGGGAACGUAAUUCAAAAAUGUAUUGAGAUAUUUUUCGAUGUUUCUCAUUUGACAUCAGUUAUGUCUAUUUUAAUAAUUGAUAUGCUUUGUAAGUGCCAAAGAAAAUUUUUUUUAACGUAAAAACUAUUACAACAGCAAGUGUAAUUAAAGUUUUAUGUCAGGAUAUUAAUUUUACAUUAUCUUUGUAUAUUGCACACGCAUUAUCUGUACGCAACUGUUAGCUACCUCAUGUAAUAGUACUAUGAAUAAACAAUAAAUAGUUUUGAAGAAAA